UCAUCGGUGGUGGAGAAACAGAGGAGAGGGGGCGGACAUUACAAAGAAACGCACGCUCCAACAUCCAAACGUGUCGCUGAACUAACCAAAUAGACUCAUUUCUAUAAGUUGUUGUUGCUUCUUUUUGUUCUUCUUCUUCUCCCAAAACAAAGACAAUUCCUUAAUUCGCUUCCAUUUCUUGGAUUUCUCUCUAACAAUGGAGUCCUCCUCUAUCGCUCUCCAAUGUAAAAUGUACGGACAGCGGUUAACGGUGGGGAGGAAGCUCAUGUCUUCUUCUUAUCCAAAAAUGAGGCGAAACGUGAUGUCAGUGUCGUGUGUAAAAGCACCUGAAGUUGGUGCUACGGCUAAAUCUGAUGCUGCUGAUGGCGCUGUUGAGAAGACUAGACCUCGAACCGCAACUUUUCCUAGUGGAUUUGAAGCAUUGAUGCUAGAGGUCUGUGAUGAGACAGAGGUUGCUGAACUCAAACUCAAGGUUGGAGACUUUGAAAUGCAUUUGCGCCGCAAUGUUGGGGCUACAAAAGCUCCUUUAUCCCACAUUUCACCCAUUGAACCACCACCAAUCCCCACUAAGCCCAUGGAUGUUCCAGCUACUGUUGCUGCACCACUGUCACCUCCAAAACCCUCUUCUGAAAAAGCCACUCCAUUUACAAAUGUCUCCUUUGGGAAGUCAGCCAAGUUAGCUGCCUUAGAGGCUUCUGGAGCCACUGGAUACGUUCUAGUAGCUUCUCCAACAGUUGGCUCGUUCCGAAGGAACAGAUCAGUGAAAGGAAAAAGGCAGCCUCCCAUCUUUAAAGAGGGUGAUUUGAUUAAGGAAGGACAAGUGAUAGGAUACUUGGAUCAAUUUGGUACUGAACUUCCUGUUAAGUCAGAUGUGGCUGGAGAAGUCUUAAAGCUCCUUUUCGAUGAUGGAGAUGCUGUUGGGUAUGGAGACCCUCUUGUUGCAGUCUUGCCAUCAUUUCAUGGUAUCAAGUGAGCUUUCUGUCGUUGUUAUGGCAAUCAUGACGCGUUCUUGAAAAGCUACAAAGUAUUGCAGAUUGUUUCACAAGUUUUUUUGGCAUUACCAUUCUCUUGAUCAUUUAAUUGUGCCACUAUAAAACCAUAGUUUUCGUGAACUGAAUAAUUGACCAAAGCAGUAGUUUGGGAAGUUUUCCAGGUGUGUUAAUAGUUUGUAGACUAGUGAAGCUAUAGAUAUUUGUUUCUUGUUUGUAUCACUCCCAUUGAAGUACAUUUGGGGCAUUUCUGACAAUAUCUUCUAUGCAAUUAUUCUGCUUCGAUA